UACUGGCUCCUGAUUGGCUGUUAGGUGUCCGUUAACGCAGCCGGCAGCAUGAACGUGGGCACGGCGCACAGCGAGGUGAACCCCAACACCCGGGUGAUGAACAGCAGGGGCAUGUGGCUGUCCUACAUCCUGGGCGUCGGCCUCCUGCACAUCAUCCUGCUCAGCAUCCCCUUCGCCAGCGUGCCCGUGGUCUGGACCCUCACCAGCCUCAUCCACAACCUGUGCAUGUACCUGCUCCUGCACACGGUCAAGGGGACGCCCUUCGAGACCCCCGACCAGGGCAAGGCGCGCCUCCUCACGCACUGGGAGCAGAUGGACUACGGCGUCCAGUUUACCGCGUCGCGCAAGUUCCUCACCAUCACACCCAUUGUGCUGUAUAUUCUCACCAGCUUCUACACCAAAUACGACCGGGUCCAUUUUGUGGUCAACACGGUUUCCCUGCUCACGGUGCUCAUCCCCAAGCUGCCGCAGCUCCACGGCGUGAGGAUCUUUGGGAUUAAUAAGUACUGACCAGGCAGAAGAGGACACCUCCUUCCUCCAGUCCCCAGGGACCUGCUGAGAGCACGCAGAGGAUCAGGCCUCUGAUUUGGCCGCAGAUCCACGAGGAUCUGUUGCUCUUUGGCUCCGGACUCUGCCUGCCGACUCUAAAUGAAGCCCGCUGGGACGCUGCCAUGGCUCCAAACCCCGGGAAAGAGACCAGGCUCUUUACAGAGAGAGGAGAAAGGGAAAAUGUACUGUUGAGGCCUGUCGCCUUUUCACAAGUUUUCCACAGACACUUAAAAAGCUUUUGUAAAGACGAAUUCAAUAUUAUAUCAUGUCCGUUUGUGUAGAGAUGGCAGUUUUUAGAAGUUAGAGGAAGAAGUAGUUGCACUGAUAUUGUGCCGUUUUCAAUCAGCACCUUAGACAGUACUCUUAGUUUUUUUUUAGCUAAUGCUACACUACUGUGUUUAUUCAGCUUCGCUCCCAUGUUGAGCUUCCUGUCUCCCGAGGCUUCUGGGCUCGAGUAGUGACAGCGUCACGACGUGGUGAGGGAACUGUGAACGACUUCAGAGUCCAGACACCAGAAGCCACCCAGCGUUUUACAUUUAGCCCUUGCUGCUCCGCUCAGGGCCAAAGGAGUUAAGUUGAGCAACUCUUAUUUGAUCUGUCCGUGUCCAUAUUUGGACUCCUCUUGUCCCGGUUUGAGUCGUCUGGUCUGAGAGCAGAAGAAAUGCACGAGAGCUCUGCACUGAUCCAACAUAACCAAAGAUUCUGCCGUCUGAGGGAAGGGUCACGUUUUCCUGUCAUUGCUUUGCUCAUAGUUAGAGUUUAAUAUGGGGACACAUACCUACAACUGCUCUGUGACAGCACUCAGGUCCCAUUACAUCGACAUGAUCGUGGUAUUUCUGCAUCUCACUUACAUACCUGCAUUAAGAUGAUAUAUAACCAGUUUAUUAGGUACACACGAGUAGUCGUAAGUACUGUGCAGCUGUCAAUCAUGAAAGGUUUAAGUGUUUUUAAUAUUGUCUUCAUCCCUAUUUAGAGUCAAAUAUUUGACGUAGCUCUUAAAAAUGAAAUAUUGUCAAUAUCCUUCAUGAAAAUGUUUAAAUGGACAAUUUAAAGCUGCAUCAAUCUACUUAUUAGCCACUCGGGGGCACUAAGCUCUCAGUAAAGCUGUGAGCCACAGACCAUAUAAAGAUGGACUACUUGACAGUGAAGCCAAAGCAUCUAGAUAUAAAUAAAUAAAGUUAUUAUUAAAGUUAUCAUUCUAAACGCCACCUCCUCCAUGUAAGUGGAGGGGACAUGAACCAAACUAAAAAGUCAAAUUCACAUCAAAUAAUUUCUAGCCAGGAUAGUUUCUGUUUCCUCCUGACAAGUCUCCUCUUGAAUUGUUCUAUAAUGUGAAGUAAUGAUUUUAACAUGUAGGAUGUGACUCGCUGGUUUAACAGGGUUUUGAUUUUAAGUCGAAACAAUCAAAUUUACAGAUAAACACGUGAAACCAAUUUUAUUUAUAGAAGAAAAAACACUACGUUUCACACGUUGUCGACUUAAGAUUCAAAAUUGAUGUUUCCAGAUUCAUUUUUACGUUUCGAUUUCUGUUUUAAAGUGCGAUCUCUAUCAAAGGACUGAAUUUCUUCUUCUUCUGCUCGAUGAAACACAUGUAACAUGUUUACUGACAUUAACCUGAACAGUGUUGACCACUCGUUUCUAUCUCAGCAGUAGUAAUAGCAGCAGGUACACAAACAUUAAUAAAUACGCAACACUAGUUUCCGCUUCUACAGUUUUAAUAAGAAUUAUUACUAAAACAGAACUGUUGCAUUGAGUUGUUUCUUUCCUCAGACUGACGUGUUGAAUUGGCAUUAUUUACAGGCGAGGACCAAAGAUCCAGACAAUUGAGAAGUUGUAAAUACUCUAGUUUCUCUGCUGCAGCAUUUAUUUCUCCUUCAGGAUGAUUUCAAAUGUCAUGAUCAGCAUUAAGGGCUUUGAUAUGAGAUGUAGCACAAAGUGACCAUCAGUUUUUCCUUUUUAAUGGUUGUGUCAAGACAACAGCUGCAGAAGAACGGUUGAAGUUAUUUUGGAUUAAAUGUGAAGCUCUGCUUGUGGUUUCUGUUCGGUGGUACCUGAAGGAAAUGUCAGUGUGAUGUUCUGUAAAGAGUGUGCGACUC